GCAAAUCCAUGCCAACGCAAGUUCUCUUUAGUCCUCUUAUCACUUAAUCCCUUUAGAAUUUGAAUCUAUAUAGUUUACUUUGACCUCGAUGGCAGGAGUACCUCAAAAGACGAGGCGUGAACGCACCGUGUUUGCAGCAUCUGAUGAAAAUGUAAUGAUGAAGCAAAUUCAGGCCACUCAUGCUCCUGAUGGCCGUGAAUUUUCUGUGAAGCUUCUUCUUCAUAUUGUUGAGGACAUUUUCCACCGUGCCACCCCUGCCCCGGGCAUAACCGACUUUGUUCAGCAUGAGGGAUCUCAUCAAGCACAACUUAAUGAAUUGGAAGAGAAGGUUCUUCAAAAUGGCUUUAAUGAAAUGAUCGAUAUGCUAUCUUACACAAUCAGCAAGAUUUCCUGCGAGAUGUCCUGCAAGUGUUCUGGAGGUGGAGAUGCACAUGCAACAACUUUAGCAAUAUUCAAUCUGGUAUCGAACCACUCAUGGGAUGCAAAGGUGGUGCUAGCGUUAGCUGCAUUCGCCUUGAACUAUGGCGAGUUUUGGCUUGUCUCCCAGCUUUACCUUACAAACCCACUAGCUAAAGCGGUUGCACUUCUGAAGCAAUUGCCGGAAAUAAUUGAACGAGCUGAGGCUUUGAAACCCAAGUUCGAGGCACUUACAAACCUUAUCAGGGCCAUGACGGAUGUGGCCAAAUGCAUUGUUGAGUUCAAGGAGCUUCCAUCUCAAUACAUCACCCCUGACACUCCUGAAAUGUUAACUGCCACAGCGCAUAUCCCCACUGCUGUUUACUGGACCAUCAGGAGUAUCGUGGCUUGCACAUCACAGAUUGUGGGCCUUACUGGCAUGGGUCAUGAGUACAUAGCAUCCACAACAGAGGCUUGGGAGCUAUCAAGCUUGGCCUACAAGGUCAGCAAUAUUCACAGCCAUCUCGUGAAGCAGCUCACUCUUUGUUUUCAACACAUAGAUGAGAACAGACAUCAUGAAGCGUAUCUGACACUUGUGCGACUGUUGGAAUCUGUCCACAUUGACAAUAUGAAGAUUCUUAAGGCCUUAAUUUAUGCCAAGGACGAUCAACUACCACUCUUUGAUGGCUCAACCAAGAAAAGGGCCAGCCUUGAUCUGCUGAGGAGGAAGAGUGUGCUGUUACUAAUUUCUGACCUUGAACCCUCCCAAGAAGAGCUUUCGAUGCUGCAACAAAUAUACAGUGAGGCGCGGGAGCAACCAGGAAGAGCAGAGAGUCAAUAUGAGAUCGUUUGGCUCCCAGUUAUGGACAGAUCCACCUCAUGGAAUGAAACAAAGAAAAAGCAGUAUGAGGAUUUUCAAUCGUCUAUGCCAUGGUACUCUGUUUAUCACCCUUCAUUGCUAGAUGUUGCAGUCAUCAGGUACAUUAAAGAGGUGUGGCACUUCAACAAGAAGGCCUUGCUUGUGGUCUUGGAUCCACAAGGGAAAGUAGUCAACCCCAAUGCAAUCCACAUGAUGUGGAUUUGGGGAAGCCUGGCUUUCCCUUUCACUAGCUUAAGGGAGGAAGGACUCUGGAAAGAAGAAACCUGGAAAAUCGAUUUACUGGCAGAUAACAUCGAUCCAGCUCUCUCGUCUUGGAUACAGCAAGGGAAGUUCAUAUGCUUGUAUGGUGGGGAGGAUAUCGAGUGGAUCCGCAAAUUCACCGCGACUGCAAAAGCAGUUGCGAAAGAUGCCAGAAUACAGUUAGAAAUGCUCUAUGUAGGGAAGAGCAACCCCAAGGAGAAAGCCCGAAAGAUUAACGGUGUUAUUGUAAACGAGAACCUUAGCCAAGUAUUGCCAGACCUUACUUUGAUCUGGUUCUUCUGGGUGAGGCUGGAGAGCAUGUGGCACUCCAAGGUGCAACACAAGAGGACUGCAGAUAAUGAUCCCAUCAUGCAAGAGAUAAUGACAAUGCUCAGCUUUGAUGGAAGUGAUCAAGGAUGGGCUGUGAUAAGUAAGGGAUCGGAUAUUGCCAAGGCAAAGGGAGAUACAAUAUUGAAGAGCUUUGUUGACUUUGAAUCAUGGAAGCAAAGUGCAGAAGUAAAGGGUUUUCUGCCUGCACUGAAUGAUCACCUUCAUGGACUCCAUAGCCCAUCCCAUUGCAACCGUCUCAUACUUCCAGGGGCUACCGGAAGCAUUCCAGAGAGGAUUGUUUGUGCUGAAUGUGGCCGUCCCAUGGAGAAGUUCAUCAUGUAUCGUUGCUGUACCGAUUAAGCUUUAAUUUUAAGUAAUAACGGUGUGUGUGCUAUCUACGGUUUGAAUCAUAUUGUAUCUCAGCUAAGACAAAAAUCCUGCCACAACCCAUCCUAUGGCCGCCACUGCUGCUGAUACUAUCUAAGGUGAUUGCUUAAUUUAGUUCAGGUGUGAAAUUUGUCAUGGCUUUUCAAGUACUAAUCGGUAUGUGUAUUGUUAAGGUGCUUGUUAUUAAUGAAUACAUGUAUUGUUUGCAGUAA